AUGGAGACGGAGAUCCCCACUGCAGCCUUUAGAUCAUCGGACAACCCGAACUCUGGUAACAAUCUCAAGAGGAAGCGAAGGCCUCGUGCGCCGAUAGCUUGUGGUACAUGCCGGGCUCGUAAAGUCAAGGUCGGUCAAGCUCUGAUGAUGCCUUUAUCGAACAGACAUGUUGACCACAUCCCCUUCAGUGUGAUGGAAGUUCGCCAUGCUCCAAUUGUGUUCGUGAGACACGAAUUCUCGUGCUCGUACAAAGAAGGACAGGAAGACCCACCGAGUAAAAGGUCAUCCUCAUACAAUCCCACCGGCCGCCUACAACAACGUUUGCAGCCUCAACCUCAGCUGAUACCUCAGCCACAGCCAUCAUUGCCUGAGCAUCUUCAUCCAUCACCAGUUAGCCUAGAUGAACCAAUCAAGCACGAGAACCCGAUCCAGCUGAACCCACAAGAGCCAAGCCGCAUGGAUAGAGGCUCAUCAACAUCUUCGGAACAAGAAGUAGACGGCCUCGGUCAGGUCAAUGAGCACACCGAGGGUGCCGAGUUUUACGGACCCACUGGGACAUUUUACUUCCUCGCCCGGCUUCGCUCUCGGGCGAACACACAGAAGCAACCGGAAGCCGGCACGCACCGUAAGCAAAGCUCCAUUGUAAAUCUCCUGCACAGUUCGGAUUACUCGACGCCUCCGGACUCUCGGAUUCUCGGUCAGAACCAGUUUGCAAAGGCAAGUCCGCAGAGCAAUGGCGGCAGGAGGGAGUCGUAUCAGCAAGGCGUUGUUGCCGAUGUGGUUCUUACCGCGGUGGACGCCGCGUUUGCGACUGAGCUUGAGCGGGAAUGUGUCCGCCUGUACUUCCAAAACUUGCACAACAUCCACCCAAUCCUCGAACAGAUGACCUUUCUCAAGAGAUGUGAGGAAGAAAUAUGGUCGAGGCUUUCGAGGCCAGAUAUGAUAAUCUCUGCACAAAUGCGUCGGGAGGCGAGGUUUCUGGCACUGUACAAUGUUGUCAUUGCUAUCGGCGCUAUUACCGCGGGAGAGACGUCCUUACUCAUGGAAGACCACACCAAAGAGUUCUUGGACCGGACUGGGCAAACCAGCGACGAAGAAGCACUCUACCCACCUAUUCGCUUGGCAAGAAGAUUCUUCGAAAGGUCAAGGCUUCACCUUGAAGACAUUUGCGAGUCGAGUUCGCUUGAAACUGCGCAGACACUGUUCCUCAUGGUCUCUUUACUCACACGAGAUCGAAAUGUGCUUUUCUGCUGGGCGUCAAUCGGGACUACGUGCUCCGAGCUCUUACUCAAUACCGUUCCCGAAAACCUCGGUGAGUCUGAGCCCGAACGAAAAGAUCAAGUGCAUGUUGCUAAGACGAUGCUAAAGCAUUUUCCCAACUCGGCGUAUUGUUUGAUCAAUCCUAUGGUUGACUUGGCCAAGAUCCUCAUGUGGAUGACGGACAACCUGGGUCUGCACAGUAGUCACACAUCCUUCCAAAGGCUGUCACAGACUGCGCUCAACCUGGACAGGGAGUUGGAUGACUGGAAGUCUGGUUUACCAAGACAGCUCCGAUUUGACACAUCAUCACUGGAAGACAGCGAAUUCGCCAUGAAGCAAAAGACGGUCCUCAAGCUACGAUUCCUGAACGCCAGGAUACUCCUUCACCGACAGUUCAUCAUCUCAAAGACGCAAGAAGCGGACCGUAACACCGUCGCGCGACAUGUCACCUCAUGCGUCAAAGCUGCCACCGAGACCAUCAAGUUCAUGCACACAAGCUACCUUCACCGACCUUACUUCAGGACAUGGUGGUACAACUGCAUGUACCUUCUAGACGCCUGCAUGGUCCUGCUCCACGUCCUAAUUUCAAACAUCUGUCCCUUCCCCGCCGAAGAGGUUAUGGAAAACAUCGAGCUGAGCCUCGACAUCUUCAAGGCAAUGAAGAUGCUUGCAGUAGCCAGACGAUGCGCCGAUAUUGUCAAAGAACUGCUCAAUGUCGCCGCGAAAACACAUUCAGUACAGCAGCGUCAGACGAGCGUGGCCACAGAAGACGAACCCGCGCUUAGGAUGCAUGAUGACCUUAGCCAGAUGAUCCAGACUUCUCCUGCAUUCAUGUCAGAUGGAAUCGGCCUCCAUCCUGGGGACAGCGAGCUUGGAGACGCCAUGAUCCCCGGGGACUUUGAUGCGAACUUGGUGGAUCCGAAUGUUGUCUGGAACUUUUUGAAUUUUGAGCAUUGGAAUGCGUGGUCUGAUGCAGCUUUCAGAUGA